GCUCACUCAACCAAUAUCCUUUUCCGAACAACAGGUUGUUGUGAUGAUAACGAAAGUGGGAGACAUGAAAUCUUGUCAGAAAUCAGGAGAAUUUCGGGAGAUUUUUUACCGCGGGAGGAAAACGGGAGAGGAUAGUGAAUAUCGGGAGUCUCCCGGGAAAAUCGGGAGGGUUGGCAAGUAUGGGUAUAACGUGUGUGUGUGUGUGUGCAGUGGCGUCACUAGGCUGUUUUAUUCGGGGCUAAAGCCCCGGAUCUAAUUUGAUUAGCCCGGAAUCAAAUUUUUUGGUAAAAAAAAAAAAAUCGAAAAAAAAUCCGACUUUCCGACGGUCCUUGAACGCCCCUCAUUUACCGCACGAGAACAGAGCAACAAGUGCGUCAGUACACUUCAGAAGCCAGUCUCUCGCUGUUUACAACAGGUGAGUAGUGAGCACAAGCCCUAGAUUUCACAAUGUCUUUAUUAUAUGUCAGUAAUUAAAAUGUCUGUAAACGUUUUGAAAACCUUACUUAUGGUAUAUGUAUAUAAUGUUAUAAUUGAAUGCAAAUGUAUAUCAUGUACUUUGUCUGCAGCUAGAAUGCUCUAGCUAGCUAACGUUAAUGACUAGUAGUGUGAUGGACCAGAGGCAUUAAGCCUGCUACUAUAUCUAUUAUUUUCGUCUGUAGUCUAAAUGACCGCUUUGUACAUGAAAGUUGAUGACAAUAAUAUGAAGAUAUGAUAUGAAAUUAAAAGAAUAACAGUUAGAAAUAUUUAUGUUAAUACAUGAUUCUCAUGGCAACAGGGAAUGAGACCGGCUGCAUAAGUGUACUGACUCAUUUAUGUUUGUUAACAGAGAAUUAUAACGACAUCUGCUGUAGAGUCCCAACCCCCUGGGACCUGCAAACAACAAUGUCACAAAGAAGGAUUUCAAUGUUUUUUGCUCCAAAAGUGGUUGGCAGCCAAAGAGGUAAUGGUAAUAGAAAGUUUUUUUGUUGUUCUUGUUCUUGUUGAACUCUUUAAGCAUAAAAUGGCACAUCCUUCAUUUUCAGGUAUGAUAGCAGAUAAGGAUGCAGCCAGGGUUCAUGCAGGAGACCAAAGGGAGGAGAGUGCAAGUUCAGGUACCUGUAGGCUAUGUUAAGAGUGUCUAUGUAACAAAGUCGACCUGGUGAAUUCCCUCUCAGUAUAAAAAGAGGUAAAGACCUCCCACUUGCGCCAAAAAAUAGGUUGUUUUGUCCUUGGCAUAACUAAUAGCACACACGUUUAUUUGGUGGUCAAUUGUGGUCGCAAAUCAGAGGACCUGGUUUCGAGACCAAUGAAGGCAAACUAGCAGGAGGAAGCAAUACUGACGAGCAACUCAAUGACACCACUUACAUGUAGUAUUUAACAUAUUUUAGUAACCUAAUUAUAAUGUUUGAAAUUAAAAUUUCUAAAUGCAAUAAUUUGAUAGAAUAUUGAUCUUAAGUUUACAGUAGGCUACAGCUUAACUUUUUUUUAUUUAUUCUUUUAUAAAUUUUCAGAGAUAAGGGCAGAGUCAGCAUACAUAGAUGCAGCUGCCAGUGAUGCUGCUGACCAGAGUGAGGACAGUGCAAGUGCAAGUGCAGGUGGCUCAGGGUCAGGGAGCACAGGGAACCUGUUAGGAAAGAAUGAUUUAGGGACACGAGAAACAGGCCCAAAGCAACCCAGACGGGACCAGUACCCAUCCACUAGUUUUGGAAAGCAGCAACGGUCUUUCCAGUACAAAUGGUUUGAAUCUUUUGACUGGCUGGAGUAUUCUUUGAGCAGAAACUCUUCACACUGUUUCUCAUGCAAGCUCUUUGGGAAACACAACCCUAGAGCCAGCAAAGAUGCCCUCCUCAGCAGGGCCGUGCAGCGACCCUUUGAGGGGCAGGGGCUCAAAUUCAAAAAAGGGCACAUGCAAAAACCACUACUGUCAGAGACAUGAAACGGAUUUGUCAUGUCCAGUGGCGGCUGGUGAUCAAAAAUUUUGGUUUGGCACAGUAAUAGACUGGGGGUCUGUUACUGUGGGGGGUCUGUACCGGGAUGACGUGCCCGGUACAAAUUUGGCACCCGGUACAAAUAUGGUGUGACAGCGCCCUGGCGCCCUCUAUUGACCCACCGCCACUGGCCAUGUCAUGUGGCCACGUAGUUACUACAGAGUAGCCUAUACAGAUUCAAUAUAACAAUGUAUGCUUUCCCUUUGCAAUUUCAAAAGGUUUCCCAGAUAGGUUUGCUGGUAGGCUAUAGAAAAUAAACCGAGUGGUAGCCACUUUCACAGUCAGUUAAAACGAUGCUUGUUGAAAAGCUUUUGCUGGCAAACAUAGGCCUAUACUUCAAAAUGACGCUACAAAACGAGAUAACUGUUACAGUUUAUUUAACAUUAUCAACUUAAUGGUUUUGGAAACAACUGUCUGUGUCUGACUCUGUAGUGAUCUUACCCUGCAUUGUACCGUCUCUUAAAACAACAAGCGCAUCGCGCAGGCAGGCAAAGGUGAAAAGUCACGUUGAUAGCCUAUGACGUCACCCAGCGGCAGCUGCGCACUGAGCGCCGGUAAACGAGGCUACAAAGUACAAACUUUACUUCUCGAUUAUUACUUUUAGACAUUUUUAUUCUCGAAUAAUUUAUUCACAUGUUAAUGUUUAAUUGUUCAUGUGUAAUUUUACAAAGCAUUGAAAAUUUAAAUGACCACUCAAAAGGGCACUUUGGUCCUUCAGAGGGAAAAGGGCAGGGGCUCGGGCACCCAUAGCCCCCCCCUCUGCACGUGCCUGCUCCUCAGCACUGAGGGCUUUAAUAACUGGAAAAGGGCCUUGGAUAGCUACCGAGAGCAUGAGGCAAGUGCUGUCCACAAGUCAUCUAUCCUGGCCUGGAAGAAUUACAGAGCUACGCUAACAGAAGGCGAUGUUGUCGACCAAAUGAAUGUUGGAAAUUCCAGUCAGAUUUGUGAAAGGAGAGAAUACCUGCGGCGCAUUGUGGCCGUCACUAGCCUUUUAGGGAAACAAGGCAUUGCUUUCCGUGGUCAUGAUGAAACCAGCUCCUCCCUGAAUCAGGGAAACUUUUUAGAAGUAAUGAAGCUCCUUGAAACCUUUGACCCCUUCCUCCAGAACUACCAGGCCCCUUCUCAUUCAACAUAUCUAUCUCCUGCCUCGCAGAACAGCAUGAUCGAAUGUUGUGCUGAUGAAGUGACUGCAACCAUCGUAGAAGAGAUCAAGGCAUCGAAAAUGUAUGCAGUGAUGGCUGAUGAGGCAAGAGAUGGCCACGUUGAACAGCUUGCUGUUUGUGUGCGCUAUGUUACAGCUGACGGCGGAGUCAAAGAGCGUCUCCUUGAACUUGUCACCCUUAAGGGAUUGAAUGCACAGUGCAUCACUGACGCAAUUGAAAAUGUAUUGGAGUCGAAUGGCCUUAAUGAUCUCCUGUGUGUCGCUCAGGCUUAUGAUGGAGCUUCCGUUAUGAGUGGUUCAGUAAGUGGAGUUCAAGCUCGCUUUCGUGAGAAACACCCAGAAGCAGUGUACGUACACUGCUAUGCUCAUGAGCUGAACCUGGUUCUCUGCCAUACGUACAGGGCUGUUCCAGAAGCCAGUGACCUGUUUGAGACAUUGGAGAGUGUCUACUGUUUCUUCAGUGUAUCAAUCGUAAACCAUCAGAGAUUCUCUGAUGUCCAGAUGCUCCUGGGCUUGAAGAAGAGUGAGCUUGUCCAGCUGUCAAAAACCCGAUGGGCAUGUCAGGUGAAGUCUGUGAGAGCAAUGCUCAACAAUCUGCCAGCUGUUUUAAAGUGUCUGGAAGAGAGUGCAACACCUCUGGCAGUCGGAUUACUGUCAAAGCUGUCCAGGUUUUCAAAUGUCUACCUGCUGGUCAUGUUCCGGAGUAUGCUGUGAACUACAGAGGGGCUGCACCUGUACCUUCAGAAGGAUUCUGUGGACUUGGCCCAAGCAACACUCUUUAAAGAUGCAGUCCUUGACACACUGAAAUCCAUCCGAACCAAUGAAAUGGCAGACAAGCUUUACAAUGAAGCAAAACACAUCUAUGAUGCCAACAACAUAUGUGAGAGUCACAGUGGUCGCAGGCACAAGCAGAGGGUGAUGGAGGACUUUACAAUAGAGUCCACCUUGGGUACAAGGGCUCAUCUGGGCACAGAAGACCAGCUGAAACAAACUCUGUUGUACCCAUGUCUUGAUCGAAUGGUAACUGAGCUAAACAGCAGAUUUUCUGAUGUGGGGGCAGAGCUAAUGCGAGGCAUUCAAGCUUGCAAACCAGCGGCCGUUGAUUUCUUCUGUUUAUUUAUUUUAUUUUAUUGGUUUAGUUCAGGGACAUUGCACACUAAUCAACAUUCAAAAUGUAAGUGAGCCAGAGUUAGCCUGAGAGGCUAGUUUUUGUCUGUUGUCCCCUGCCAGAUAUUCAAAAGGCAACCUAAAAUUACAGAAAUAAAAUGCAUAUAAACAAAGAUUAAAAAACAACAUAGUAGUAAGAAUGAAUUGACAGACAAUGGCAAACCAACAAUAACAUAAGCAGACAAUAAAACACAGUGUACAUUAAACAUUAUAGGAAAGUGCACAAAACAGUAGAUUAGAGCAGGACAAAUGCACCUACAAUAAAAACACAUUCAGCAGCAUAGAACACAAACAUGCAGCACAAUUAACUUAGAACAUGACCUGCACAGGACAGGAGCACACAAGAGACAAGCAAGCAGGACACAGCAUUUACCAAGAAGUCGGCAGGAGAAGCAAUUGCAGUCCUAGUGUGUACAUAAUUGGUGACCAUUAAGCCAUAUUUUCAGCUGUCCUGAAAAGGGACGGUAAGAACUAAUUUCUCUGAUAUGAGAUGGUAGUGAGUUCCAUUCCUGCGACGCUGUAACUGAGAACGCUGAGUGGCUAAAGGCACUUUUUCUUAAGGGUACUACACAGUCUCCCCGGGACGAGCCUCUGGUUGUCCGGUUUGUAUUUGACCUCUGAGUGAUACACUGUUGAAGUGGUGGGGGGGCUUUGUUGUGCAAAAUUUUAAAAAUAAGGCAAAGAUUUGCAUACUUUAUUAGGUUUUCCCAGCUCAGAAGUUUAUACUUUCUUAAAAUUAGACAAUGGUGGUAGGUGUUUGACUUCCGGUCCAGGACUUUCAGGGUUCGUUUAUACAGUGUUUCAAGUGGUUAAAGUGCUGUCUUAUUGGCUUGUGCGAAGCUGGUCAAACAGUAUGUGAAAUGUGAAAUUAUCAUGGCAUGCAUAUAAAUCUUUGCUGCAUCAGUUGUCAUUGAAUUUCUAAUAAAGCGAAAAUUCGAUAAGUUAAACUUAACCCUGUGACCAACUUUUUUUUACAUGAGAUUUGAAUGACAGUUGAGAGUCGAUUAGGAGGCCAAGGUACUUGAACUCAGAGACAACUUGUAAUUUUACUCCUGACAGCAUUAUGGCUGGGUCUGGAGUGCUACAUUGCUUUUUGGAAAAAAACAUGCAGACUGUUUUUGAUGUAUUUAGCUGAAGGCAUGAUUGAAUUAGCCAAGUUGAGAUGCGGUUCAAUGCAUUGGUGAGUGUUGCUGCAGCCUGAAGUUUAUUGCUGCCAUGUGUAAAAAUCACAGCGUCAUCAGCAUAAAGCUGAAUCUCUACAUCAGAGCACACAGAGGGCAAGUCAUUUAUAUAAAGACUGAACAGAAGUGGACCUAGUAUUGACCCUUGUGGGACACCAGUUAGUGAAUCCAGCGCAGAAGAUUUUUGAUUGCUGACAUUCACACACUGGAUUCUGUUCAUUAAAUAGGAUUCUGACCACUUGAGGGCGUUAUUGGAGAAAUUGAAUGAGGAGAGUUUGGAAAUGAGUACGUUGUGAUUUACUGUGUCAAAAGCUUUUCUAAGGUCUAAGAAUACAGCCCCAACAGUACCUCCCUUGUCCAUCAUAGACUUAACCUUUUCAAUUAAGAGGCAGUUGGCAGUGUCUGUAGAAUGAUUGGCUCUAAAACCAAAUUGCAUGGGAUGCAGUGAAAAGGGGCUGUUGUUUAAAUGGGAAAUGAGUUGUUCUGCUACCCACUUCUCUGCGACCUUGGACACCACGGGCAAGAUGCUGAUUGGCCUGUAAUUACAGACUGUCUGUUGUCCCCUGCCAGAUAUUCAAAAGGCAACUUAAAAUUACAGAAAUAAAAUGCAUAUAAACAAAGAUUAAAAAACAACAUAGUAGUAAGAAUGAAUUGACAGACAAUGGCAAACCAACAAUAAAAUAAGCAGACAAUAAAACACAGUGUACAUUAAACAUUAUAGGAAAGUGCACAAAACAGUAGAUUAGAGCAGGAUUCUGACCACUUGAGGGCGUUAUUGGAGAAAUUGAAUGAGGAGAGUUUGGAAAUGAGUAUGUUGUGAUUUACUGUGUCAAAAGCUUUUCUAAGGUCUAAGAAUACAGCCCCAACAGUACCUCCCUUGUCCAUCAUAGACUUAACCUUUUCAAUUAAGAGGCAGUUGGCAGUGUCUGUAGAAUGAUUGGCUCUAAAACCAAAUUGCAAGGGAUGCAGUGAAAAGGGGCUGUUGUUUAAAUGGGAAAUGAGUUGUUCUGCUACCCACUUCUCUGCGACCUUGGACACCACGGGCAAGAUGCUGAUUGGCCUGUAAUUACAAAUAGCCUGAGAAUCGCCUGACUUACCCUGCGUUCACACCAAAAGAUGCAAAAAGUUGACGCCCGUCGUGAUCCCAUUCAAAGUGAAUGUAGAGACGCGUUGCUGCUUUGCUGCCGCAGCAUUUGCUGCCGAGAAAACGGGCAGCAAAACUUGAUUUGCGGCGCAUCAAAAUCUGAUUUGCGGCGCGGCAUGCCCGUGCCCGCUGUCGGGCACGGGCGAAGGGCGCGUUCACGUAUUUUGCGGCGCGUCAAAUGCUGCUCGAGUUGAAAUAUUUCAACUUUUGACGCGCGUCAAAAGUUUGACGCGCCGCAAAACUUGAUUUGACCCGCCGCAAAACUCAGGCGUCAACGCGUUCGGGCAGCAAAUGCAUCUUUUGGUGUGAACGCAGGGUAAAAAAUAGGUGAUACAACGGCUGUCUUCCAAACCUUUGGAAAUACCCCUUGUGAGAUUGACAGAUUGAUGAUCUGUGUAAUGGGGGGUGCCAAUACAUCUUUAAGAUGUCUGAGCAUGGCUGAGUCCAUACCAUGAACAUCUUUUGUUGUGGAGGGUUUGAGGGAAUUUACGAGCAUUUGAACUUUACUGUCUGUGAUGCAAUUGAUGUUAAAAACGGGCAAAGUAAUAUUAAUUGGUAUGAGAUUCACACAAGUGUGAGGGAAACAUUGUGUGAUCUCAGCGACAGAAUCAAUAAAGUAUUCAUUGAAUACUUUAGCCAAAUCUGCUGGAUCUUGCAACAGGUUACCAUUGUCUUUUAGUUCUAAUUGCCUGCUGCGCCUUAGAUUAUCCGACCCCAUGAGCUUCUGGAUCUGGGUCCAAAUUAAUUUUGUAUUGCCUUUCGCCUCAUUAAUGAUACUUAUAAAGAAAUUUGCUUUGGCUUUCCUCAUCUCUUUAAUGGACUUAUUCCGUAAAGUAACAAAUAUGCGUUUGUCAUUCACCCGAUUUGACAUUAACAACCUUUUGAGCGCAAGAUCCCUAUCCUUCAUUAAUUUCAGUACUUCAGAAUUCAACCAUGGUAGCAACCUCUUUUGAUUUUUUUGUGAAAUGAUGUACUAUGCUCUCAAUUUCAUUUGUGAAUAUACUACAAUCUUCUUCCACAUUUAGCCCUGGCAUUAAGUUAGUCCAAUUAGUUUGAUGUACAGCACUUUUAAAAUGAUCUAGCUCAUUUUUAGGGAUCCUGAAUUGCUCAAACCGUGUACCACCACUUUGGAACCGUUUCUUUGUGAGUUUUCUAGAUAUUAGGGUAAGAUUGUGGUCCGAGAGUCCAGUAAUGAAGUUAAAUGACUUAAUUACUCUUUCAGGUCUGUUACAAAAGAUAAGGUCAAUCUGGGUUUUCGAAGAAGUUGUUAUUCUGGUAGGCCCUUUAACCAAUUGCGUUAGAUCAAAAUGGUCUGUAGUUUGUUUGAGGGCCUUCCUAUUUUUCUUAUCUUCCCAGUUGAUAUUGAAAUCACCCAUCAGUAUGAGCUCUUUCCUUGAAUCACAUUCUUUUAGCAAGAUUUUCAGAUGUUCAUAGAAUCCAGUGUUGGAGGAGGGUGGGCGGUAUAAAGCAACAAGGACAAAGGACAUUUGAGGUGAAAGAGUUACAGUUACACCAAUGCAUUCCAGAUCAUUGUCAGAUGACCAUUUAAUUUGACUACACUGAUAGAUGUCUUUAAUGUAAAUCAUCACCCCACCUCCUUUCCCAUAGGACCUAUCGCGUCUGAAUAGCUUAUAGCCUGGUACACAUGUUGCAGCAGAUGGUGAGUUGCUAUGAAGCCAUGUUUCUGACAGACAUAAAAAAUCCAAGUUUGACUCUGUGAGAAUAUGAUGGACUUGGUCAAUUUUGGAGAUCAAACUGCGGAUAUUCAAAUGCCCCCCUAGAAGACCUCUAGGCUUGGAUUGUGGGUCCAAAAUAACUUUAGACUGGUUUAGAGUUUUGAAAAUAUUUAAUUUGCGGUGCUUUUUAAAGACCGGGUUGACUCCAGCUGGAUGAGUACGAGAGUCACGGUUAACUCCGUAAGCGGUAUUUGUUGACCAGCGCUGUUUGUUGUGGUAAAGUCCGCGUUCGGUGCUGCCCUCGCUCGCCACGGUCGCUGGGGACAACCACGCAGCCGCAGCAAGACCCCACGGCGCCGACGCUCCCUCCGCAAGCGAGCCCACCACCGAGAGAGGGAAAGAGACCGACGCCUCCGUAUUCGCCGACAGACACGGGUCGCCGCCCGUCAGCAGUGGCGGGCCGUACUAUUAGGCAAACCAGGCAUUUGCCUGGAGCCCCGGGCCCCAUAGAAGGUUUGUGGGGCCCCCAAAAUGCCCCAAUGCAUAUAUUUUGUCCCCAUAUUUAUAAUUUUUAUAAAAAUCUCUUCACAAUAGUAGCAUCGGGAUGUCUGAUUACUCACGUUUUGACGAUCUUUCUGUGUGCACCCCCCUUCAGUCUGCACUACAUGGACUAUUCCAUGUAGUGCGCACAAUGAUGUCAAAUUCAAAACAGUAAGCGGUAAGAGAGAGAAGAGAGAAAUCGAGGGAGACAUAAAUCGAGUGAAACAUGAAGCGAUGGUACGAAAGCGGGUCAAAAAAGGAAGAAAGCGGGUCAAAAGAAGAAGAAAGACCAAAGGCAGGACUUUCUUUCAAAGCUACCAAAGCUAUCCAGCUUUUUUACAGCCACCCAGUGUCAGCGGGACCGUCGGAGGAUCAAGAGCAGCCGUCAACGUCGUUUGCUGUCACGUUACUGCUCCUUUCAUUCCAAGUGGCUCUGGCUCAGCCAGCAGCGAUGCUAAUGACGUGUGUCAACAAACUGACGGAGAUGAUGCACAACUGGUAGUGAAUAUUUCUCACUCUCCUUCCACUUCGGUUAUUGAAAUUGAUGACAAUAACGAUAACAAUGACUGCGAGACACAUAUUCUUGUGGAUGACCCAGCACUCUGGCCCAAGCUGCUGUGUCUUGGACGGGUGCACACAUAUUCUUGUGGAUGACCCAGCACUCUGGCCCAAGGGCCGCAGAUUCACAAAAGCAUACUAUUACAUAGUAAUGAAAAAUGGUGAGAGGGUGAACAGGUCUUGGUUAGUCUACAGUGAAAGUGCAGACCGUGUUUUUUGCUUUUGUUGUUGCCUUUUUGGAAAACAAAAACAACUGAGUGAGGAAGGAUUUCAAGACUGGAAUAACCUUGCAAUGCAUCUAAUCAACCAUGAAAGGUCUGAAGAGCACAGGAAAAAUACUGAUAGCUGGAAGCAGCUAUCAGUAGGUUUCCAGCAGUGGUUUCCAGUAGGUCACAGCAGAUAGCUGCUGUGACCUACUGGAAACCCUCAGGUAAAUGAUGACAUAAGGUUAACAGUCAGUGUAAUGUGUCAACAUAACGAAUCUUAUUGUUUUGUAUGUUAUUCUCAAUUUUUAAAUAGAUAAUUAACAUUUGCAUGAAAGAAGGAUAGUGACUUCUGUUCAUCCCUUGUAUGGAGUAUCUCAUUAUGCCAUAUAUUAUGCGAUAUAAGGUACAUUAGACCGGUAGAUGCAGGGGCCCCCAAAUGACUGUUCGCCUGGAGCCCCCAAAGGGCUAAGUUCGCCACUGCCCGUCAGCACGCCAGAACGCAGGCUCUCUUCCAGAGCGGACAGUCCCGGACCACCGGUCCCGGCCGAGCACACCCCAGCCACGCCGGCCCCGAUACUCCGGGCAGGCACCUCACUCCCAGCAGCGCCCAGCGGGCGGAGGCGACGAGGAAAGGUAGUUUGUUGUACUUGAUUAGUUUGUUGUACUUGGUCAAACGGCAGCGUGUCACUACACAGAGUGCUUACCUGAGAUAAAGUUGUGUGGCAUUUUACAUCCACUGUGAUGUUGUUUUGAUUCAACGGCUCACUGUGUAGUGGGCCGGGGCACGGAUGAAUAUCUCCAGAUAGCAGCAAACAAAUCGUAAUAAGAAGAGCGUCACUUUGUCGCAGUUGAGUUGGUGGUUUAAAGUGCUUCUUUAAGCGAAGGUACAGAGAUGGGUAAACAAUUGCUGUGAGGAUUCCCUAGAGCUGAUUGCAACACAUUAUAAAAUGUCAUUGAAAAAAGAGGAGAUCCUGGUGGCAAAGCAGUUCCUUUCUAGAAGAAAGAGAGAAGGUGCCGUUUCUGACAUGGGCAGUGUUUACAAGCUACUUCACCCAGACAUGUUCCCAACCUUGAGCUCAGUUGUCCAAGCAGCCUUGACAAUACCUGUCAGCAGUUGCACGUGUGAGCGGUCGUUCAGUGUACUGCGCCGUGUCCACACCUGGCUGAGGAGAACCAUGGGCCAGGAGAGGCUACAUCAUUUGGCUAUUAUGGCAGUGGAGAAGGAUGCGCUUUGUGGCUUAGACCAUGGUGAAGUCAUUGACCGGUUCGCCCAAGUCAAACCAAGGAGAUACCCACUUGUGCUCAAAGGACAAAGGUCCAAAGAAAGGAGCAAGAAACAGUGAAACGAGUGAAAAUAAAAAGUUCACUACAAACAAGAAAUGAACAAAGAAAGACAAUACAUGUAGAGUAACAGUUAAUAAUAAACAGACAAAUGUACAAGUAUACACAAUAUGGAAAGUGUAAAGUAAAGAACGCAUGACUAC